AUGUUAGAAAACAGGCGGGAGAGUUUGGCGAGGACUUUAUGAAACUCUGCAAGGGCAAAAAUGAGGAUCAGAAACAAAGGUGGAUGCAGGCUCUAACAGAGGUAGCUAAUAUGGCCUGAGAGGAUCUUCAGAACUGGCCCAACGAAGCAAACAUGAUUGAUAAGAUAGCGAACGAUGUUUCGAAUAAACUUAUUACACCGUCCCAUGGUUAUGGCGAUUUCGUGGGGAUUGAGGCUCAUAUAGAGGUCAUUAAUUCAAUGUUGCGGUUUGAAUCUGAAGAAGCUAGAAUGGUAGGGAUUUUGGGGCCUUCGGGGAUUGGUAAGACUACCAUAGUAAGAGCUCUUUUCGGUCAAAUCUCGAGCCAAUUCCACCAUCGUGCUUUUGUAUCUUAUAAACAAACCAACCAGGACGACUAUGGCACGAAGUUGCGUUGGGAAGAACAACUUCUGUCAGAUGUUUUAGGUCAAACGGACAUUAAGGUUUUCCAUUUAGGUGCGGUGGAACAACGGCUAAAGCACAAGAAAGUUCUUAUCGUUCUUGACGAUGUAGAUGAUCUAGAGCUACUAAAGACCUUGGUGGGAAAGACUGGAUGGUUUGGAUCAGGGAGCAGAAUUAUUGUCAUCACUCAAGAUAGGCAGCUUCUCAAGGCUCAUGAGAUUGACCUUGUAUACGAGGUGGAGUUCCCAUCUGAAGAAGUCGCUCUUGAAAUGUUUUGCCGAUCUGCAUUUGGGCAAAACUCACCACCUGAUGGAUUUAUGGAACUCGCGUUUCAAGUUGCCAAGCUUGCGGGUUCUCUGCCUUUGGGUCUCAGUAUCUUGGGUUCGUCUUUAAGAGGGAGGCACGAAAAAGAGUGGAAUGAGAUGCUGCCUAGGCUCCAAAAUGGUUUGGACGGGAAAAUUGAGAAGAUAUUGAGAGUCGGGUACGAUAGGUUAGAUGGCAAAGACAAAGAGUUGUUUCUGUACAUUGCGUGUCUAUUCAAUGGUGUGGAAGUCAGUUCCAUCAAAGACUUGCUCGGAGAUGGUGUUAACAUUGGGUUUACAAUGUUGGCUGAUAAGUCCUUCAUACGUAUAACAACGGACCGAACUGUAGAGAUGCACAAUCUGCUUCAGAAGAUGGGUAGAGAAAUAGCUCGUGCAGCGUCCUUGAACAAUCCUGGAAAACGUCAAUUUCUGGUCAAUGUUGAGGAUAUUCGCGAUGUAUUUACUGAUAAAACCGGCACGGAAACAUUGCUAGGAAUAUAUCUCAACACAUCUUACACCAAAGCGCCAUUUUGCAUAGAUGAAGAAUCGUUUAAAGGCAUGCGAAACCUCCAAAUUCUAAAAAUUCAUGGCAGAUUGCACUUACCUCAAAGUGAACUUUAUUUACCGCGUAAACUAAGAUUGUUAGAUUGGAAUGAAUAUCCAUCCAAGUGUUUGCCUUGUAAUUUUAAGGCAGAGUGUCUCAUUGAACUCAUAAUGGAGAGUAGUAAUCUUGAGAAGCUUUGGGAAGGAACUCUGCCAAUUGGAAGCCUCAAGAAGAUGCGUAUGAGCGAUUCCAUAUAUUUGAAAGAACUUCCAGAUCUUUCUAAUGCCAUAAACCUCGAAGAAAUAUAUCUUGAUGGAUGCACAUCAGUGGUUACACUUCCUUUCUCGAUUCAGAAUCUUCCUAAACUGAGGAAAUUAGAUUUGGAAAAUUGCACAAAACUAGAGAAUUUCCCAACUCAUGUCAACUUGGAAUCCCUCGAGUACUUCAGUCUCAGAGGAUGCUCUCGGUUGAGAAAUUUCCCUCAGAUUCAUAAGUACACUAGUUCACAUGGAACUGCCAUCGAAGUAGAAGAUUGUUUCUGGAACAAGAAUCUCCCUGGAUCCGAUUACCUCGGUUGCCUGAUAAGAUGUAAAGUUCGCCCAGAACAUCUGGUUCGUCUCGUAUUGAGAGGCAACAUGCUUGAGAAGCUAUGGGAAGGGGCUCAGUCGCUUGGAAGUCUUGUGAAGAUGGAUCUGUCUGGAUGUGAAAACCUGACCGAAGUUCCAGAUCUUUCAAAAGCCAUUAAUCUAGACUUUUUGCAACUCAACGAUUGCAAAAGUUUGGUGACGGUUCCUUCUACAAUAGGAAGUCUCAAUAAAUUGGUGAAGCUGGAAAUGAAAGAAUGCACAAGGCUGGAGACUCUUCCAACGGAUAUCAACUUGUCAUCUCUCAAAACCGUCAAUCUCGGUGGGUGUUCAAGAUUGAAAAGUUUUCCUCAGAUUUCAAGGAGUAUCGAAAAUUUCAAUUUAAAUGGCACAGCCAUUGAAAAAGUUCCCUGCUGCAUUGAGAGUUUAUCGAUGCUCACUGUAUUGACGAUGCGCUGUUGCAAGAGGUUGAAAAACAUCUCCCCAAACAUUUUCAGAAUGCAACGUCUUGGGAAGGCAGACUUUACAGACUGUGUAGGAGUUAAGAUGGCGUUGAGUGAUGAUGCCAGUGUGGUGGCAACAACGUCCAUGGAGGAUCUCUUUUCCCGUAUACAGUUACAUGGAAACCUUGAAAAUCAGGACGAGUUUUUAUUACUUGCCGGCUUGUCGCUCGGAAGGGAAUACUUCGAGUUCAACAACUGUUUCAGUUUGGAUGAAGAUGCGCGGGAACUCAUCCUGCGAUCAUACAUCAAUCCUACGGUCCUACCAGGUGGAGAAGUGCCUACGUAUUUCACGCAUCGUACUUCUGGACAUUCCCUAACUGUCAAGUUACCUAAGAGCUCUCUUUCUCAAGAAUUCUUGGGAUUUAAGGCUUGCGUCGUGGUUGAACCUCUAACCAACCCCAAUGUGUUUCUUUCAGUAUUGAGUGUACGCUGGCACUUCAGAGGCCUCAGUGGUAUACUUUAUAUAAACUCUGAGAUUGACUUGUGUAAGACGGAUCAUCUGGUUAUGGGUUCUUUCAAAUUCCACCCUAUAGGUGCUCCAUCUCCAUUGGAGUACAACGAUGUGGAGUUUGAAUUUUCCACCAUUGAUGGUUUCUCUGACACCAUAUUGUUCCAGAGGAUAAAAGGAUGUGGUAUCAGAUUCUUGAAUGUGCCUUCUUGAUGAGCAAGAAGCCAACUCGUGUAAGUUUUGAAAUGAUUAUAUAACUGUAAAAAGCACCUUUUAAUUAAUUUUCAGGUUCAGCUGGAAAACAUAAUAGGUUUCACUCAGACUUAUUACAAUCAGUGCCGGUCCAGACUGAUAUGGCGCCUAAAGCGCAUCCAAAAAAUAUGCCCCAUAAAUAUAACUAAACUGUUAUUUCAGUUUUAAUAUGUAAUCAAAAUGUAUGUUACUAAAGCUUCAUUUGUUUCCCAAAAAAUAUAAGACAAAUAUUUUUUCUUGCAAAACCAUGAUCAAUUUUGAAUAACCAUGUUUUAAUUA